UGAGUAUGAAGCAGCAUACCAUGGUAACGUGUUAAUAAAGAAUUUAAGAAUGCCUGGCCUUACCAGUUUUUACUUCUCGACCAGUUUUAGAGACAUCUUAUGAUGUAUAGUUGACUUAUGACUCCUAUCUACGAUAAUCAUAAUAUUGAGAUUGUUUUCAUUUUCUGAUAUUUUUCUUUGAGAUCUCAACCAAUUAAUUGCUUUCCUUUCUUUUUCCGAUGGUUUGUGAGAGCUUGCAACUUACCAAUUAUCUGAGGUUCUACAAGUGAUCAAAACUUGUAGAAUGUGCAUGUUUGAUAUUCUAAGACCACAACAUACCCCUUCCACAUUCUCAUAGUGAUAUUUCAAAUUAGUCAGUUCUGAUAAAUUUGCUGCCAUGAAAACCAAAUAACAGCUACAAUAGCCACCUAAUGGAGCCAGUAGAGCACAUCCACCUUCAACAGUUGUAGUAAGUGGUCAUUUUAGUUUUGUUCCAGAAACAGUCCUGCCCUGAAAAGACUCGUCAGUCAGAUCUUUAGAGAGGGACGUGGCAGACCAUGCUGUAGAUUAUUCUUAAAUGCAUGCAUCACAGCAGCAAAGAAGGUCAGGCAUGUCCAAUGGAUUGUACUAUCAUUCAACUCAAGAAGUUGGGGCCUAUUGCUUGCCUCAGUUCCAAACAUUUGGCCAUCAGCUACACUACAAUGAUAGGAGCCAAGGGACCAACUUUUUGACUCAGAAUUCUAAUGAACGCUAUUGCACCUUGGAGUCCUCCUCAGCAAAUGGUAGCUAUGCUGUUUAUACUUCCCCAUCAGCUACCAGUUUCUCACCCAAUGGAAGCCCAAUGUCACAGCAAGAUUCUCAGUCAUACAAUACCUAUGGCUCUCCAAUAAGUGGAUCCUAUGUAAUCAAUGAAGUAAAUGACUUCAAGCACAAGCUGAAAGAACUGGAAACUGUAAUGCUAGGCCCUGAUUCCAAUUUUCUUGAUAGCUAUGACUAUACCUUCCAGAAUAGCACAAACAAUACCUCCCUGGCAAUGGACAGCUGGAGACAAAUAAUGGAGGCAAUUUCUAAGAGGGAUUUAAAACAUAUCCUCAUCUUCUGUGCAAGAGCAAUAUCAGAUAAUGAACUAUUAGUGGCACAAUGGUUGAUGGAUGAAUUACGUCAGAUGGUGUCGGUUACUGGCGAACCAAUUCAAAGGUUGGGAGCAUACAUGUUGGAGGGGCUUGUUGCGCGGCUCACCUCCUCGGGAAGUAACAUUUGCAAAGCAUUGAAAUGUAAAGAACCAGCAAGUGCCGAACUCCUCUCCUACAUGCACAUUCUUGAUGAGGUUUGCCCUUACUUUAAAUUUGGCUAUAUGGCUGCAAAUGGAGCCAUUGCAGAAGCCAUGAAGGAUGACAAUAGAAUUCACAUUAUCGAUUUCCAAAUUGCUCAGGGGAGUCAAUGGUUGACUUUAAUCCCAGCUUUUGCAGCUAGGCCUGGUGGGCCACCCCACAUCCGUGUAACAGGUAUAGAUGAUUCUAUGUCAGCUUAUGCUCGCGGAGGAGGCCCAAAUAUUGUGGGAAAGAGGCUAUCUAAGCUUGCGGAGACCUUUAAGGUGCCAUUUGAAUUCCAUUAUGCUGCCAUGUCUGGCUGUGAGGUUCAGCUAGAGAAUCUUGAGGUUCGACCUGGGGAAGCUCUUGCGGUGAACUUUGCUUUCAUGUUACACCACACGCCGGACGAGAGUGUGAGCACUCAAAAUCAUCGGGACAGGCUACUGAGGCUGGUCAAGAGCCUGUCUCCAAAAGUGGUGACCCUUGUUGAGCAAGAAUCUAACACAAACACUGCUGCAUUCUAUCCGCGAGUCCUUGAAACACUAAACUACUACACAGCAAUGUUUGAGUCGAUUGAUGUGACACUUCCGAGGGAGCACAAGGAGCGGAUCAAUGUUGAGCAGCACUGCUUGGCAAGGGAGAUGGUUAACAUAAUAGCCUGCGAGGGGCCUGAGAGGGUGGAACGGCAUGAGCUCCUUGGUAAGUGGAGGUCGCGGUUCAAAAUGGCUGGAUUUACUCCAUAUCCUUUAAGCUCCUUCGUGAAUGCCACCAUUAAAACUCUGUUGGAGAACUACUGUAGCAGUUAUAGGCUUGAAGAAAGGGAUGGAGCUCUUUAUCUUGGGUGGAUGAACAGAGAUUUGGUUGCUUCUUGUGCUUGGACGUGAAAACUGGGCACCCAUUUUUAUUUUGUAAGCCGCUGACAGCAUGUUAAAAAGGUGCUUUCAGGUGUGUAUCUUUUAAUAUCAAUCAACCCCCGAAAUUUUCUUGUUUGCUGGAUGAGGGAAACUGAUUUCUAGUGAGAUUUGCAGGCCUCAACACGGAUGUAUUUUGAGUAAUUUGACAUAAACGUCAUUUUCCAAGAAAAGUUGAAAUAUUGGUGACAGUAUACCGUCAAUUUGUCUUAUACAAUCAAAAUACUAGUUUGUCCACACUUAUAGGCAUUUGCAUAAAAUCUCAUAACAGCAUCACGUAUGUAUUCGCCCC